CCGGCAGAGGAGGCGGCACCGGACUCUUCGGCAGUAUCGGCGGUAUCUGUUGACUUUUCUGCCUACGUUUUGCGAAAUACACAAGUUUUCCAUUAUCACCUGCGAGCCUUGUCGCUUUGCGUCUUAUUCGAGAGGAGAAUUCGAUAGUCCGAGCGAGGAUGUGGCGUGGGGCAACCCGGACCUUUCGAUGGCGAGCUUUACGGACUCGGAAUUUUUCAGGAGAUUCUGCGCGUCUACGUGCCUCAGGUCGCGCACGUCGUACUCGUCGAUCUUCUUGAUCACGUCGCCCCUCUGAAGAUCAUCGUUCUCAGACUGCAACAACAACAACACAACAUGAUGGCAGCAUCAUGCCUGGUUUAUCCUCUGGACCUAAUCAAAAUUCGUAUGCAGCUGAACGAAUCCGAGACGGCGAGCAACGCCGACGUUUCAUCAAUUUUAAAAAAUGAGGGAGUUACGGCCUUGUACUCGGGAUUGUCCGCUAGUCUACUGAGGCACGCAGCCCACACCACCACAAGACUGGCAAUUUACACGUGGCUGUUCGACUUAGCCUCGAGUGACAGCUACCCGGAUCUUUGGCUACAAAUCGGCCUGGGAACGCUGGCUGGAUGCGUCAGUUCGUUCGUUUGGACACCGGCUGAGCUCGCGUUUAUUCGGCUGGCAGCUAAUAGCCGCUUACCUGUCGAUCAAAGACGCAAUUACAAAAACGUCUUCGACACCGUGAUGCGGGUAGCGAGGGAAGAAGGAUUUUUUACAUUAUGGCGAGGAGCCGUCCUCACUGCAAACUGUACCAUGAUCGUUAGUGGAUUACAAAUCGAAACGUUCAUACACACCCUCAUAAUUCUCGCUAGAAGCGAAUAUUUUGACAGUACGUUGAGUAUAUGGCUGUCCAGCUUUGCGAUUUCUGGCCUAGUCACAGCAGCAAUAGUUACACCGAUCGAUGUGGUCAAAACAAGAGUUCAGAAUAUGACGGCUACCAGAGGAAGAUGGACACAUUCGGACACGAUAGAUGUUUUGAUACAAAUUAUACGCUACGAAGGAGUUUACGCUCUCUGGAAAGGUUUUCUGCCACAUUUUGCUCGAUUAGCACUGCACACUGUUUUUACGUCGAUUUUUAUAGAAAAAAUGACAUUCCAGCAGCUUCCCGAUUUCCCUUUUUUCAACGCCUUUUCAUAACACAGAUUUCAUUUAGCUUCGAGUUCAAACUGACAACAUCUUAUUCGAUAAGUAAAUUUUAUUUGAACAGACCUCGCUAUGUUAAUUUUAUUUUUAUCAAAAUUUUUUUACCGUGUAUGUUUUUAGAUUAAAACGUAUAUUUAUACCAUAAAAUAUAUACUUCUUUUAUUCGGAUAAAAAAUCGGAGCCGAUUCGUCCGUUCACUUUCAGAACCUUCCAUUAUCCCUGCAAAAUUAAACUUGUUGUUGACUCAUAAGUUGACCAAUUUCUAGCCAGCUGAGUAAUUUCCAAUUUUUUCAAAUAAAGUCAUUUACAUGUUUAUAUAUGCAAAAUUGAAGGCUAUAUCUAUGUAUAAUUUUAGAACUACGCUAACACCAUAAAAAUCCCUAACUACUGAAAUUCGGGCCAAGUAGAAAGUCAUCCGAUCUUAAUAAAUUCACUCGUCAAUAUCAUUGGGAUAUUUACGUGAUUUGCUACGUGAAUUCGAAUAUUGAAAAAGGCAGUAUAUUCAAGUAUAUCUUUAAUAUAUUUAUUACCUUAAACUAUACUUAAUAAAUGAUACACCUUUAAGUGUUGUGUCUUUCGGCCGAUAAAAUUUUUUCGUUUUGACGUUUAAAUUCAAAAAUAAAUUAAUUUUUAGUUAAAUGUCAAAAAGAACAUUUUUUUUUAAUCUUCCACUUUUACAUAAUUGGCAGAGGUGUACGCAAGGAAUAGCUCAUAAAUUUGGCUCAAGACUUUGUUGAAGAGUAAAGAAUGAUAUUUUACAAUUGACAUCAUCUAUAUUGAUGUCCGGGCCGAGAGCCAAAAGAACUUGAGCCGCAUAUAAAUUCUGAAAUUUCGUAGCAUAAUGCAGAGCUUAGCGUGGUCUGAAAAUAAGAAUUCACAACACUGACUUGUGUGACCGCAUCGAAAAGAAUGGAAAUGGAAAUGGAAAAAAACGCAGUGUCGCCAUUGACGUCUUUGUGAUCCAGAUUGAAAUGUAGUUCAAUGAAUUGUCUGAUCACCUUCAUGCGAAUAUCUCGGCACACGAAGUUAUUGCUUUCAUUGUGAACGAAGCUUAAAUAAUAUAAUUUUUUAUCAGAAGCGUCAGCCACUGCGGCAUUACCCGUGAAACUGGUGCCCCUUUUUCGUGAUUUUCCGUUCUAAAUAAAUUCAUUUUAUUCGAUGGCGUGACAUUCAGGUAAAAUAAAUUUUCGACACGUUGCGCGUGCCAAAAAGUAAUGUUAGAACACGAGCGGGAAAGAGCCAUUUCACCCUCGCGUGGCGAA